AUGGUCCUGAAAUUCCUCUCCCGCGGCAGCAUGAAGGGCGAGAAGGCCACCAUGGGCACUUCUAUCAAGUCCAACAUGUCCAUCGGCUCAGUUUUCCGCAUCACCAUGCGCCUCUUCCAGUUCGUCAUGGGCCUCGUCGUCAUCGGCCUCUACGCACAAGAUCUGGACCGCGCCCGGAAGGCUGGAGUCGGGCCCGAUUCGAAGUGGGCCUACGCGACUUUCUGCGGCACCUGGGGAGCUCUGUUCUCACUCAUCUUCAUGACCCCAUGGGUCAAGGCCUGGUUCUUUUGCCCUGUUGACUUCCUGGCCUUCUUUUUCUACCUGGUUGCAUUCGGCAUGUUCGGCAAAAUGUACAUCAAGGAAGAUCCAGAGGGCAACAAGGGCAUCAUUCGCAUGAAGCACGCCGUUUGGGUUCUGGUCACCAACAUGAUCCUUUGGCUCAUUACCGCUGUCUACGGAUCAGUCGUCUACUGGAAGCACCGCAAGGGACGUACCGUCCACACUGGGGCUGCUUCAUCGCACGUCUAA